AACCUAAUAAAUAUAAUGUAACAAGAUCUGAAGAUAAAGAUGAAUAUGAGGAAGAAGUUCUUGUAGCUCAAACUUACUUCUUUUGUAAAUGCUGGUUUGUAAAAGAGGAGAAAAAGCCUGACAAAGAAAUGGUAUAUCAAGCUCAAAAAGAGAAAAAUAAAGAAGGCUUAAAUUUUGGAAGUAUGACAGAAAUUCAGGAAGAACAAUCGAGGGAGAUAUUAG